AUGAACAAGUAUACCAGUACAGCACCUAUCCUCCCACAGUGUUACCAGAACAAUGUGAAGGCGAGACAAAUACACACUUCAGAACUGGACCUCAUUGAGCGGAAGGGCGUGCUCCUCCUGCAGCAGUCUCAGUUGCCCAAUAAAGAAAGCUUCGCCAUAUGGGACGGCAGCCUGCAGGAGAGUCUUUCCGCCUUCACCCUCUGUUACAGGAUCAAAAUUUUUUACUACCGGCCGGAGGUUACUGUCUUCUCUUAUAUAGAUCAGCAGUUUCAAAAGAUCAGGACAGAUCAUAACCGACGCGGCAUUCAGGUGGUGGUGAGCGCCCACGGUUUCCGCAUACAGACAGACAUCAUCACACCCCUCAUGCACUGGGCGGCCUUCUGCUUCGCCCUCGACGCUACUGACGGGUUCUAUGCCAUCUACUUCAACGGAGAGAAAUGGAAUCCACAAGCACGGCAAAACAAUUCCGAAAACAAAGUAUCUGCUCCCGACUUCACGCCCAAAAGUACGAUACUGAUGGGCGUUGACGGGACGGUGGUGCUCGGGCAGGACCAGGACGCUCCAGCUGACGUGUACGACGCCACGCAGUCUUUCAGCGGCGAAGUGGCGGACGUGAACGUGUGGUCGCGGGUGCUGAGCGACGCGCAGAUGGCGGCCGCGACGUCCUGCAAGGGGAGACCUCAGGGAGACGUCCUGGCCUGGGAUACUGCGUCCUGGACUCUGGGCGAGGACACUGGCAAGUGGCAAAGUGACAAACACGAGUGUAAACUUCUCACCAUCGGCGAAGUGGCGGACGUGAACGUGUGGUCGCGGGUGCUGAGCGACGCGCAGAUGGCGGCCGCGACGUCCUGCAAGGGGAGACCUCAGGGAGACGUCCUGGCCUGGGAUACUGCGUCCUGGACUCUGGGCGAGGACACUGGCAAGACAUUUUUGCCCUUAGAAGAAACCUGCGACAUCAAGCCCUUACCUUAUUUCCUGUUCACGGAAAAGCUGAAGUUCAGCGACGCCUCCAGCCUGUGUCGGGCUUUCGGGGGGGAGCUAGCCACACCCAUGAGCCCAGAGGAACAGGAGGUUAUUUUUCACCUGGCAUUGGAGAACGGAAAUGAGUGCACCAAGGACGGCGGUGCCCUUAUGUGGCUGGGCAUCGGGGACGAAGAUGAAGAGGGCGUUUGGAAGACUGACAAGGACAAGACAAAAAUCACCUACUUUAACUGGGCCCAAAGACAGCCAAAUGGAGAUACAGUUGAAAACUGCGCUGUAAUGGAGGGCAACAUAUUCCAGGGGCGGUGGUCUGAUCAGUCCUGCAGGAAGAGCUUCAAGGAAUGCCCCAUGUGCACCUUGGCUAUGCCCGUCUUCCUUCGGUUCAGGGGAAUCUGCGACGCCAACCUGUACGACGACAGGUUCAUCCUCGCGGGGAAGAGGAACAGCAAGCCCUACUUCAGGGGAUAUUAUCGCUCGCAGCUCUACUUCUCCGCCGACGGGAGGUGGCGGCUCGAGAACAUUAUGCAGAUGAACGACACUUAUGCACUUAUGGUGGAGAAAGGGUCGUACAGCUAUCCAAUCGGCAGUAACAAUUGGGUUUUCUCUCAUGGCUUCUGCGGCGAACAGGCGGGUGUGGCACAGAGCUUGACCCUCAGCCAGUGUGCCAAGAAUACGGAGUUCACCUGCAAUGAUGGCACUUGCAUCCCCAUCAACCAGGUAUGCGACCGCCGCGAACAGUGUCCAGACCUGUCCGAUGAGCUAGACUGUUCGACGGUCAACCGGCCUCGGGGCUACCAGAACACCCUCCCUCCCCCCAGCGGUAAUGUCAGUGCCCCUCUGCCCGUGUACCUCAACCUCACUCUCAGUUCAUUUGGAAACAUCGAUGCCGUCAAUAACAGAUUCAUAGUAGAUCUUGUAGUACGUAUGAUCUGGAAGGACCAGCGCCUCUUCUUCAAACAUCUUCGUCGAGACAGACAUCUGAACAUCAUCUUACCGAAAGAGGCACAGACCAUCUGGGUGCCGACAGUCGACUUUCUGAACGCCGAGAACAACCAGCACACGAAAGUCGACCAGGACUGCAAAAUCACUAUCAAGAGACUCGGAAAACCUCUGCCGGACGACAUCGAGCACUCUAAGGAAGCACGCAUUUACGAAGGCAGUGAAAACUACAUCCGAAUCAGUCGAAAAUACACCGUUAUCUUCCGCUGCGAUUUCAACUUCUUCUACUUUCCCUUCAACACCGACUACUGCAACAUGGAAUUCAGAAUCAACAAGAACACUAAGAAUUACGUCUCGCUGGAGAAAUAUGGCGCCGGUAUCCAUUAUAAGGGUAAGGACCAGCUGACUGAGUACGCCAUUGGAGGAAUGUACAUGGAGCGGCUGACUAGUGAAGAACCAUACAGCGGUCUUGUCACCGUGAUUAUGAUGCAACACCUGUACGCCACACAGCUGGUCACGAUCUUCGUCCCGACGACGCUGAUCAACCUGAUUUCCUUCGCCACGUUCUGCUUCAAGUGGUUCGACUUCCAGAACCGCAUUAUAGUCUCCCUCACGGCCCUGCUUGUCCUCAGUACCCUCUUCGGCCAGAUCGCGGACCACCUCCCUCGUACUUCAUACUUCAAGCUGAUCGACAUCUGGUUCUUCGGCUCCAUCCUCUUCUCCUUCGUGAUCAUCAUUAUCCACACGCUAGUGGAGUUCCACCAUCACUAUGCCUCUCCGAACCACACCUCCGGAUCUCCCCCGCCGUCGCUGCACUUGUUCCGGAGGACCAAUUCUGUAAAGGAGCCUCCUCAUCCUUACAACAGAGCGAUGUUGAUCAACCGUUGGGGCUGCCUGAUUAUCACUGGCUUGUAUGUCAUCUUCUUCCUCUCUUUCUGGGUAAUCGCUUUCUUGCAGAAGGUUUCGGAGAAGGCAGAGAAAAUUGCAGACAUGGAAGGGAAUAUAACUAUGAUUGGUUAUCCAGAUUAAAAAGGUAACGAGAACGACAAAAUCGAACUCGAGUAAUGGUAUAUUAAAUAUUGAAAAAGAUAUUUCGACCGCGGCGAAUGAUGUUUUUCCGGACAUGCAUUCUUAACCUUAGAAAACUUACAUUGUACUUUAUUUCUCCUUGCACCUUUUCAUCUUACGUAGUUUAUAUUAGAAGCUGACUUUCACUAUAAGAUAAAAAAGAGAAGUUCAUAGGAUCUCACAAUGUCAUGCUACUCUUCAUAUGAUAUUUUUUCAAAUAAACUUCUUAUGUGUAUAUUGCCGUUGUUGAGUCACAGUCAAAAAUGCUUGUCACGAAUAAUUCACAAUGAAGUUUGAUUUCACAAGCACUUCAUCCAUUAUAUGUUCGCUCAUACAGAAUGUCAUAAUUUAAUUAAUCCAGUGCCACACGGUCUAUUUCAGCGCCUUAUAAAUUAUACAUAUGUUAUCCCUUCAAGACGUAUGAAACUAUGACAUAAUACGACUAAUCUUGUGGCAGUGUAGACCUAAUAGUCACUGUGAUCAAUUACAAAUAUAUUUUAAGAGAGAUGAUACGAUAAUUUCGCACAAACUAAGCAAACCAAAAAUCGACGAGAAGGUAAUGGAAUAUCAAAUUUAUUUCCUUUUGUGAUUAGACUGUCUGAUGAUAAAGUAAUAAUAAUACCUACUACAUUAUAUGAAUAUCAGCAUGGUUUUCCACGGUAUCCACACAGAAAUUACCAGUUAAAUUAUAUACAAAUAUAUUCACAAACUGAAGUAAUAAAUAUUAAUAAUUACUUCAACAUGCAUAUCACAAGUCCUUGCAAUAUUAACUGGUAUGU